AUGACAACAAAAGGUUGCCAAGAUACCAACACUAACAUACGACAACAAAAGGAUAUCAAGAUACCAACACCAGCAUAUGAUAGCAAAAGGAUACCAAGAUAUCAACACCAACAUACCAACACCAAUAUACAACAACAAAAGGAUACCAAGAUACCAACAUCAACAUAUGACA